CUAACGUAUGAUUAUUUUCUGGGACGUGAAAUUUUGUUAACAUUACGAUAUUACGCACGACACGUGAUUCCGUGUUUUUGUAUUAUUGGAAUUUUGGGGAAUUGCAUGGCUUUAAUACUUAUAAGGACUAAUUACUGGUUGAAAAGAUUAACGUCAAAUAUUUAUUUAUGUACAUUAUCGUUAUGUAGUUGCCUUUUUCUUAUAACCGUAUUAUUUACAUGGUUGGAUGGAACUCUUGAAAUUCCAUUAUAUAAUGGAUCAGAAUUUGGCUGCCGUUUAUUAACAUUUUUUGCACAUAUGAGUGAUUUUAACUGUGUCUGGAUGAUAUCGUGGAUUUCUUGCGAUCGAGCUAUCGUCUUAUUUCGCCCAGGUAUAAGAAAGAAACUUUGUUCAAAAAAAUUCGCUCGAAAUAUGGUGAUUGUUACUAUUUCAUGCGCUUGCUUACUAUAUUCGUGGUGUUUAUUUUCAGCAGGCUUAGAAGAAGAAGAGGGUUCACUGUAUUGUGGAUUAUCAGGAAAUUUAUCACUUAUGGGAUAUGAGUUUACAGAUAUGCAUUUUUAUUUCACAUUUCUUGAUACGGUAAUAUGUACUAUAGUACCAUCGGUUCUUAUUUCUGUGGUCAAUAGUUUAUCAGUGUAUCGAUAUAGACAAUGUAUGAAAAUAUAUUCAUCUGGUGUUUUACGUGUUCGAUUUCAUCGAACAAUCGUUGAUGAUACGAAUCAUGAUGAAACCACAAAUGCAUUGCGCUUAUUGAGUCAACAAAGUCAAACUGCUAGCAUACAAUCACAUUUAUCGACGAAAAGUGGUAAAUUGCGCUCAUCUGAUUUGCAACUUAGUCGGUCAUUAUUAAUUGUUACAAGUACAUUUGUUUGCUUGACGGUACCAAAUUAUGUAUUUCGUUUAUAUAUUUCAAUAUUUAAUCCAACAUCGGUCUUGUUCCAGUUAAUAUAUUUCGCUACAUUUCUUCUAUAUUAUUUGCAUCACGCAGUUCUUUUUUAUAUGUAUAUUUUCUGGAGUCCACAAAUGAAGAAGCAAUUAAGACCAACAGCGCUAAAACUUCUUGAAUGUUAUUGUUGUAAGACGGUGCCCGAUUUUGGUCAUUCAAGAAUCCAACGAUAA